CAGGUGAGCUGUGGAGGUAGGGUCCUUGGAGGCUGGAUGACAGCAGCUGGCAAGUGGAUAAGGGUGCAUUGGGCCCCUCGUCAAGGAGGUCUCACUUCAUAUAUAGACAGGGGCCUCUGGGGUGGGGCUGAGGUGCAAAGGGGGAUUGAGAAGCCCAGGAGAAGAGAGACGGGGGUUCCCUUCUUCCCUUUUCUCAGAUGCACUGUGGACUCAGGGCCUUGCUGGGCUGGGGGUCUCCUUGCAGAGAUGAAGCUGCUUCUGGCCCUAGCAGGGCUCCUGGCUGUUCUGGGCAUGCUCCAGCCCUCUGAAGGUGCUGCUCCAGCUGUCCUGGGGGAGGUGGACACCUCGUUGGUGCUGAGCUGCAUGGAGGAGGCCAAGCAGCUGGUGGACAGGGCCUACAAGGAGCGGCGGGAAAGCAUCAAGCAGAAGCUUCGCAGUGGCUCAGCCAGCCCCAUGGAACUCCUAUCCUACUUCAAGCAGCCAGUGGCAGCCACCAGGACUGCUGCGAGAUCUGCUGACUACCUGCACGUGGCCCUAGGCCUGCUGGAGAGGAAGCUGCGGUCCCUGUGGCAGGGGCCAUUCAAUGUCACUGGUACUGUAGCCCAUCCCACCCCAGGCUCCUGCUCCACUAGUCACUCCUCCUAGAGACCCCAGCUGUCUUCCAGUGAUCCCCUCAACCUCUUCCUCCAGGCAGUCAGUCUCAGGGGCAUCCUAAUAUCCCCUCCACUUCAGACUGGGCCCCCUCAGCCUCAGGUUGCCUGGGUUAGGAAGUGAGGGGGCGUGGCUCCCCCAAUCCUCUUUCCACCCGCGGCAGAUGUGCUAACGCCCGCUCAGCUGAAUUUGUUGUCUAAGUCAAGCGGCUGCGCUUACCAGGA